AUGCAGAGUCCCUCAGGAAGCCUGACUGGGUCUCCCUAUGGAAUCACACCUGUGUUUACAAAGGGUCUGCAAAAUGUAAGAGCUACAAAAGGUCAAUUAGUGGUAUUCGAAUGUCGUGUCCAUGCUACACCCACCUUACAGGUACACUGGUACAGAGAAUACGAUCAGAUAAUAGAUUCUGCAGACUUCCGAAUACUACGAAAAAAGGCUUGUUCAUCAUCACUUCCUGAGGAAGUCUGCACCCUGGUUAUUACAGAAGCUUUUCCAGAGGAUUCUGGAAUAUUUAAAUGCGUUGCUGAAAAUGAAUUUGGAUCUGCAGCAUCCAGUGCACGCCUCUCAGUUUCCCCAGGAGCAAAAGAACUGGAUAGCUUUGCGGGUGCUGCCCAUGUGCCAGCUGUGCAAGUCACCAUGAAGAAACCCAGCUUUGCCAGGAGCAGCCAAGCUGCAGUCAAGGACAGAGACAUGCCCAGCCUGCCGUCCUACAGCACGGACACAGCAGAAGCCACAAACUUUGGCCAGCUAAAUUCAAAGAGCGAAGUUGAAGAUUUUCAUGGAGUUUAUGAGAAUUCGCCUCAAAAUUCUCCUCUGCGGUAA